CCCGCACUGAGUUUUCCGGCCCAUUGCUACUCUUCUAUACAUUGUUAUACCCAGGUCUUUGAGAUAAACCAUCACUUUCAUCAUUACCGAAAUGCCUGUUUCAACUUCGGAAAAUGCUAUCCUCAAUACCAUCGUCGACCAUAUCGGGGAUACCCCACUCGUUCGCCUUAAUCGCAUCCCCCAAUCCUUGGGAAUUAAGGCACAAGUUUUGGCGAAAUGCGAGUUCUUUAAUGCCGGCGGUUCCGUCAAAGACCGCAUUGCAAAGCGCAUGAUUGAGGAGGCUGAACGUGAAGGGAAAAUCAAACCCGGAGACACUUUGAUCGAGCCCACCUCUGGAAAUACAGGUAUCGGUUUGGCUUUGGUUGGCGCUGUGAAGGGCUAUAGAACAAUUAUUACUCUUCCUGAGAAAAUGUCGGCUGAGAAAGUUUCUGUUUUGAGAGCUUUGGGUGCUGAGAUUGUUCGCACGCCUACAGAAGCAGCUUAUGAUUCCCCCGAAAGCCAUAUCGGUGUUGCCAAAAGGCUCGAGAAAGAGAUCCCAAAUUCCAUUAUCCUGGAUCAGUACAGCAAUGUCAAUAAUCCCCUUGCUCACGAACUUGGGACGGCGGAAGAGAUUUGGAGACAGACCGGUGGAAAGGUGGAUGCUAUUGUGGCCGGUGCUGGUACUGGGGGUACGAUCAGCGGUAUCGCCAGGGGGCUGAGAAAACAUAAUCCAAAAGUCACUAUUAUUUGUGCCGACCCCGUCGGUUCCACUCUCGCCCCAGGCGAGAUCGACGACUCGAACGCAGGUUACAAAGUUGAGGGUAUUGGCUACGAUUUUGUCCCAGAUGUUCUGGAUCAGAAUAUUGUGGAUACCUGGGUCAAAACAGCUGAUCGUGACUCAUUUAUUUAUGCCCGUCGCCUUAUCAAAGAGGAGGGUCUACUCUGCGGUGGCUCUUCCGGUUCGGCCUUAACAGCUCUUGUCGAUGGAAUCAAAUCCCGCCCUGAACUCAAUCAAGAAGGAAAGACAAUCGUUAUGAUUCUACCGGACUCUGUCCGGAAUUACUUGAGCAAGUUUGUUGAUGACACUUGGAUGGAGAACAACGGCUUUAUCCCAGCCAAAGAAAUUGAGCACGCUCGCGAGACCACGCAAUGGCAAGGCGCUAGAAUCCGAGAUCUCAAACUCAAGCCAGUUGUCACGGUUAGGGCACACGAUACCGCUAAGAGUGCCAUCGACAUUAUGACUGAGAAGAGUUUCGACCAGCUUCCAGUCCUAUCCAACAGCGGGCAAUUAGUCGGUUUAGUUACCUUAGGCAAUAUUUUAAGUUACAUAUCCAGAGGCCGCGCUACCAGCAAGAGCCCUGUCCGUGAGCUCAUGUUCGACUUCACCAAAUUAAAGGAGGAUAACGGCAUCACUCCCCAUUCGACUUCUACCGGUCGGAAGAAGGCCGGGAAGAGAAAGUUUGAAGAGAUUACUCUGGAUACUCACUUGAGCGCUUUAAGCCGUUUCUUCGAACACAAUUCCGCGGGGAUUGUCACUGAGAGGUUGAAGGACGGAGGGCUUCAGGUGAAGCAUGUUGUUACGAAAGUCGAUCUCUUGAGUUACUUGGUGAGGGGGGGUAAGAGGGCUCCGGGCGUUACUGUUUAA